UGAAUUUUGAUAAGGAUAUUGUAGCACAGAAUUGAUUAAAUAUUUUCUGUGAUCGUAGAACCUAGUAAAGAAAAACAAUAAUUUCAGUGUAUUGUGUAAGGUACUUCGCUAUAUAACAAAUACACCAACAAUCAACUAAAUUACUAUACAAGUACAACGAACAAUAAUUUAACUUUUGAUCUUAAUCAAGAAAAGUCAAAUAUCAAUCAACAUGCUUAAAAAUACUGUUCGUUUUUAUAGAUACCCCUUAAUGGGAAAUGCUUCUUUGAUUGGUGUCAAAAACCUCAGUUAUGCCCAAACUGGUGAUUCUAAAAUAUUUGCAGACUCAGAACUAGAUUUAAUGAGGAGUCGUCUCAUAUAUCAAUCUAGAAAAAGGGGAAUAUUAGAAAAUUGUAUAAUCUUUACAUCAUUUGCAGACAAAUAUUUAAAAACAUUCAAUUGUGAACAGUUGCAAAAGUAUGAUGCAUUGAUUAACAGUAAAUUUGACGAAUGGGACUUAUAUGCAUGGUCAAUUGGGUCUAAACCAGCACCAGAAGAAUUUAAUAAUGACAUAUUGAAGCUUUUGAAAAAUCAUGUUCUAAAAAGAGAAUAAUGUAAAGUAGUAUAAAUAUUAUAUAUUAUUACCUAUUCAUUUGAUAGUAUUUAUAAUUUGCUGCAUAACAAACAAGUAAAUUAGUUAUGAAUUUUGACUAAUAUCUGAUACCCUGUUGUUAAAUUAAUUUAUUGAAACCAUUACCUACCAAAUAAAGCAUACCAAAAAUAUCAUAUAAUGUAAUAUUGUAACAUUGAUUAAAUAUGCAAUAAAUAUAUUUAAUCAAUGAUUGUAAUAAUGUUAUUGUAAUACGGUAGUGUAGAUACCUAAAUAGAUUGUUUUGAGGUGGGUAUAGGGCAACCGAUUUAGUACAAUAAACAAUUUUGAUUAAUAAUACUUAUAUAGUUAAUCAAAAAAAAAAAUGUUAACCAAAAAGUGUGGGUGAGUGAUCGAUCAACUGUUUGCCUCACGUCUGAAAAUUGUUCAACAUACUACUUAUUAUUUAAUAUUUUUAUUUAUUACUAUUAUUAUUAUUUUAUUAAUCACUUGUCUUGAAGCGUGCUGCUGUUAACAACAAAAAUGUAAAUUUUUUUAUUAUAUAGAUUAUUCUUUACAA